AUGGCACACAUCCUCUCAAAUCCUGCCUUCCAGGAGACUCUGAAAGAGCUCUCCAAAGCCGCAACACCGCAAAACUAUGCCGACGUUGCCGCUCUCGGCGUCAUCGUCCUUGGCUCUGCCGGCUACCUCCUGCGCAAAUACACCUGGGACAAGCCCGACCCUUACGACUACAUCUGGUACGAGCGCCCGCAGUUGAAGAGCGGCCGUGUGCUCAACCCCAACAAGGAGACGCGCAACAUCGCCCAGAAGCUUGACGAGACCAACAGAGAUCUCGUCAUCUUCUGGGGCUCGCAGUCCGGUACGGCCGAGGGCUUCGCCAACCGCCUUGCCCGCGAAUGCCACCACCGCUUCGGCUUGGAGGCCAUGGCCGCCGAUUUGUCCGACUUUGAUGCCGACACCAUCUCGCUCAUUCCCGAGUCCAAGCUUGCCAUUUUCAUCUGUUCUACCUUCGGCGAGGGUGACCCCAGUGACAACACUGCCGGCCUCUGGGACUAUCUGCUGAGGAGCAACCAUGUUUCGCUGAAGAACUUGCGCUACUUUGCCUUCGGUCUCGGAAACAGCAAUUACAAGUACUACAACCGCGUCAUCGAUGUCGUUGUCGAGCAGCUCGACAAGUUCGGCGCCCGCCCCAUGCUGCCCGUUGGCAGGGCUGACGAUGCAGAGGGUGGCACCGAGGAAGACUUCAUGGCCUGGAAGGACCAGCUGUUCGCCGUCUUCAAGACCGAACUCAAGCUUGAAGAGCGUGAGAUCAGCUACGAACCCACUCUCGUCGCCGUCGAGGAUGAAUCUCUCGACUCCAUCGACCUUCACCUCAGAGAACCUAUCCACCCGCGGGACAACCCCAAGGCAGCCGCAGCCUGCUCCCCCAUCAAGCCUUUGACGAUCCGGAACCCUCGCGAGCUGUUCCACACCAAGGACCGCAACUGCGUGCACAUGGAGCUUGAUCUCUCCAACCACGUCGAGGUCAGAUACAAGACGGGCGACCAUCUCGCUGUCUGGCCCACCAACCCGGACGCCGAGGUCGACAGCCUCCUUGCCGCCCUCGGCCGGGCGUCUCGCGCCGAAAUCCCCAUCUCCAUCAAGUCGUUGGACCCGACCCUCAAGGUCAAGGUGCCGACCCCCACCACCACCUUGGCGCUCUUCCGCUACUACCUUGAGAUCUGCGCACCCGUCUCGCGCGACACCGUCCUCUCACUCUCGCCAUUCGCACCCACGCCGGAGGCGAAGUGCUUCCUGUGGUCGCUGGGCAGGGACAAGACGACGUACGCGCAGUAUCUCUCCCACACGCACCUCACCCUGGGCCGACUCCUCACGCUAGCCUGCCCAGGGCAGACGUGGACGUCACUGCCACUCUCCUACGUGAUCGAGACGCUACCGCGUCUGCAACCGCGCUACUACAGCAUCUCCUCGUCGUCCGUCAUCUCGCCGCGCCACCCCAGCAUCACCGCGCUCGUCAGCACCACGCCUCUCACGGCCCCAGCCGUCGACAACAACAACAACACCACCGCCGCCCCGCCCCCAGUCAUCCCAGGCCUCACAUCCACCUACCUCCUCGCACACGCCCACCACCACCCCACCAACCCAUCCAAGGCCUCGCCCCACCCCAACCUACCCGGCCUCACCUACCCGCUCUCCCUCUCCUCCUCCUCCUCCUCCUCCUCCGACAGCACCACCACCGCCACCGCAACACCCCCGACGCUCUACGCCCACAUCCGCAAAUCCAAAUUCAAGCUCCCCGCCUCCGCGUCGACGCCGCUCAUCAUGGUCGCCGCCGGCACGGGCCUCGCGCCCUUUCGCGGCUUCGUCGCCGAGCGCGCGCGCCUGCACUCGCUCUCGCUCUCGCUCUCGAUCGCGAGCAAGGGAAAGGGCAAGAGCGUCGGCAGGAUGCUGCUCUUCUUCGGCUGCCGCCGCGCGGACGAGGACUACAUCUACCGCGAGGAAAUCGAGGGGUGGGUGCGGGAGCUAAACGGCGGCGGUGGCGGGGAAGGCGAUCUGCUGCAGGUGGUCACGGCGUUCAGUCGCGAAGGUGGUGGUGGCGGCGGCGAGCCCGGGCGCUACGUGCAGGAUCGCGUGGAGGAGAGGAUGGAGGAGGUGUUGGGGCUGUUGGGGGAGGGCGGCGGGGCGAGUUUUCAUGUGUGCGGGCGGGCGGGGAUGGCGAGGGAGGUGGGGAGGAGGGUGGGUGAGGGGAUGGGGAGGAGGGAGGGGUGGGGUGAGGGGCGCGUGAGGGAGUGGUGUGAGGGGUUGAGGAGGAGGGGGAAGUGGUUGGAGGAUGUUUGGGGCUGA